AUGCCAGCUUCGAUCGCCCCGGAACUUCAAUCUGAUGGUAAGCCGAUGAUCGAUGGGCGCAAGUUGCCACGAAAGCAUCAACAGCAAGAUCAGAACAAACAGAGCGGUGCACAGAUAGGACGUAAUGCACGAAGUUUGAAUAAUAACAGCAAGUGGCAGAACUCUAAUCAGCUACAGUGCCUCGUAAUAGCCAGAACCGACUCUCAUGGUCAGAACUAUGCCCGAGAAGAUGGAGAACGACGACUUCUGAAGUCACUACCAAAUGGCCCUGCUCAGACAGGAGAAAGCUCUGCGAUUCCAUUCUAUCCAGCCUAUACUCAUAAUGCUUCCCCAACCUACUUCAAGUGGGUCAAUCUGACCGCUCAUCAGAUACAUACCGAGCUGAAAAGAAAGGAAGGUUUCACGCACACCUGGCAAGCUAGUAGAGAUGGAUACAGUCGCGAUCCUGCUCAGCUAUUAUUCUACCUCAACCAUCCUAUUCAAUUCGUUCAGGUGGUUGGCAUUGUCGUCAGCCUGGAGGAGUGGUUCGAACGAUUUUGGCUCUUUACCAUAGAUGAUAGCAGUGGCUCGACCAUUGAUGUUAGGUGCCAAAAGCCUCAGAAAAGCGGGCCAGAGCAGAAGGAAGUGGACGUGAAAGAGGAUGAUUGUGAAAAAGGGGAAAUGGAGCAGGUAGCCAAGCUCUCGGACGAAGUAAGGUGCAAGGUGCAGAUCGGUGCUGUACUCCAGAUAAAAGGUACUAUAACCUUGUUCCAGCGCAGCAGAGAAGUGAGGGGUAUCAUGGCAACUAGAACCUCAGCGAACGAUCAGGUCAAAGUACAGGCACAAGAACCACCAACGCGGCAGAUUGCACUCGCAAGAGUCACAAGUUUACACGAUACGAGUCAGGAGAUAGCGCUCAUCGAAGCACGCACGAGAUUCUACAGAGAUGUGCUUAGUAAACAAUGGCAACUGACCAAGAGAGACCAGCAAAAGCUGCAUCGGAGGGCUAUGGGGGAAGCCGAACACGAUAGAAAACGCACUAAGAAGCAUGCGGCGACGUUUAGUGGAAGCCGCCAGCAAGAGAAGCAUGACAAGCAGUGCAUUGUUGAGCAGUACGAAGAAGAGGAGCAACUUAGGCAGACAAAGGCCGACAAGGCACAGCAAGCAGGAAAAGCUCUUAAAGUAGAGCAAACAAGUACAAUCAGUACAUCGAGUCGGAUCACUGACCCGGAAAAUUCGGUGACGGGGUUCGUUGAUAAAGAAGACAGCGUAAUAGAAGUCGUCAAGCCUACCCAGCCAAAGAAGAAGCGGCGGAAGACGAACAAAUCUACGACACAGCAUGCUGCUGUUUCGGUAGUCGACCAUGACACCUCGAUGAGCUUCAAUAUCGAUGAUGAGGAGAGAUCUGCACUGCUUCGAGCAGCUUUCGGCUGA